CCCACCAGACCAACAGAGAUUAAUUUUUGCUGGAAAGCAAUUAGAAAAUGGCAGAACUCUUGCUGAUUACAACAUCCAGAAGGAAUCCACGCUUCAUUUGGUUCUUAGACUCAGGGGAGGAACUAUGAUCAAGGUCAAGACUCUGACUGGAAAAGAAAUUGAAAUUGAUAUUGAACCAACUGAUUCCAUUGAUCGGAUCAAGGAAAGAGUUGAAGAGAAGGAAGGAAUUCCUCCAGUUCAACAGAGGCUGAUCUAUGCUGGGAAACAGCUUGCAGAUGAUAAGACUGCAAAAGACUACAAUAUUGAGGGGGGUUCUGUUCUUCAUCUUGUUCUUGCACUAAGAGGUGGUGGUAAGUGAUAAGUGGUAAGUGGUAAGUGGUAACAAUCAAGAAAGACUACAUGUUUACCAAAGUUUAGUAAUGAAACUAUGUAUAUGGCUGCAUACCUUAGUCUCAUUUGGCUUUUUUAUAUUUUUAUUUUAUGAGCAUUUAUUUGCACUUGAUGUCAUUUGAAAACAAAUUGAGCUUUUAUCCUAUAUCUUUGCUAUAUUUUGUUAAA